UUUUGUGUGUGUUUGUUUCUAUGUCGGAUCUACAAAUAAACCAAAUAAAACUGAUUUUCCCACGCACCUCACAUAUUUUGCUUCCCACCUACAGUGUUGCCGUAUGGUGGCGCUCUUGUCCUGUUUUUCCGAGCCUCAGACGCUGUGACAGGUACAGUCCGCCUAUAUAACAGCCGGUCGGUGGACUCACUCCGCUCUCAAACUGGCUGCAGGACACACGGAGACUCCAGUGAUGCGACGGCAGAGCAGUUUAUUCAACUCCAGAAGAACACAGCUGUCUGACCGGACGGGACGUGUUCAACCUUCUCCAUCUUUUCUCCCCACUUCAUGACAGUUCUUCUUCAAUUCAGCGCAUAUUCCACCGCCUGACGCUCUGAAAGUUUGUGUGAGAUUUGAAAUAAUUGAAACGGGCUGAGAUGGAGAUGAACAACACCGGGUUUAACCAGACGGAGAGCGGACUCUUCAACAGGACCGAGGAGAUUUUCUGUUGCAACUUUUCCUCAGUGGUCACCGACAACGGCUUCGUGGCCACGGCGCCGGAUGAGAGGAGCCUCUUCAUCAUGAGAGUGGUCCAGAUCGCCGUCAUGUGCGUUUUGUCCCUCACCGUGGUGUUCGGCAUCUUCUUCCUGGGCUGCAACCUUCUGAUAAAGUCCGAGGGGAUGAUCAACUUUUUAGUAACUGACAGGAGACCUUCCAAAGAGACGGAGGCCGUUAUUGUUGGUGCCUACUGACGGACCAGGGAGCCCUUUUCUCCAGCAGGUCACGGCAGUGGCGGCCCAAAGGGGUGCCGCCUUUGGAAAUCUGCAGGCCACCCUUGAGAAUUCUUUCCCCUUUUUGGCCCCUAGCUGCGAACUUAACCGAUGAUGGCUAUGAAACAGCACAUUUUAUUGGUAAUGAAAAUGAUUCAAGAUGAUAAAUUGAAAAAAAAAAUAUAGUAGGAUUCCCACCUGUCAUACAGUUUUAGGUUUGACUUGAAUCCCUGGUGUCUGGAGGGACAUCUGGCAUCAACACUGGCCAAUCACUAUGUCAAACACAGCUGUGUUGACCCCUGAUGAAGAAACAAGAUGAACGUUAUUCGCAAAUUUACAUCCUGUGAUUAUUUAUUAGAAAGAACUGUAGGUAGACAACAGAGA